GUACACAUGAUAUUGACGAAGCCAUUAUUACAUGUUAAGUGUGAACAUUACAACAGGGACAAACAUCGGUCCGAGUAAUCAACCAUGGGAAAGGUGAAAAAGAAAACGAAAAAGAAAGGAUACACGGAGCCCAAGGGCAAAUGACACGCUGGUACUAGUCCAGUAGACUGCUUGCCGUUGCCUCUCUUCCCCCAUAAAUUACCCCUCACACAAUCUCGUGAUAUGCUCCUGCUAACCUCUCCCUCUUGGUCUCCUCCUCUCGGCCUCUUCCUCUUUACUCCGCUUCCCCCUUCGCGCCAUCGCCUCGCUUGCGCCGCGCCAAAUCCCAUAAAAAUUCCACCCAACACAAGCGUUAGGCCUCCCGCGCGCGCCCGUCCGCUCGCCAUGCUCGCGGCCGCUUCCCCUUGGCGUUUGUAGAUGGGCUCCUCCUCCCUCCUCCUCUUCCCCUCCUCUUCCUCCUCCGCCACCCACUCCUCUUAUUCUCCCUCCUCCUCCUCUCAUGCCAUCACCUCCUUGCUGCCUCCUCUCCCCUCCGACCACCAUCUCCUCCUCUACCUAGACCACCAAGAACAACACCACCUCGCCGCCGCCAUGGUCCGCAAGCGCCCCGCCUCCGACAUGGACCUGCCACCGCCGCGCCGCCAUGUCACCGGCGACCUGUCCGAUGUCACGGCCGCCGCGGCGCCGUCGUCUGCCAGCGCGCAGCUCCCCGCGCUGCCCACGCAGCUCCCGGCGUUCCACCACACGGACAUGGACCUCGCCGCGCCCGCGCCGCCGCCGCCGCAGCAGCAGGUGGCGGCGGGUGAGGGUGGGCCGCCUAGUACGGCUUGGGUGGAUGGUAUCAUCCGUGACAUCAUCGCCAGCAGCGGCGCCGCGGUCUCCGUCGCGCAGCUCAUCCACAACGUGCGUGAGAUCAUCCGACCUUGUAACCCCGACCUCGCGUCCAUCCUCGAGCUCCGCCUCCGCUCUCUCCUCACCUCCGACCCUGCGCCGCCGCCGCCGCCGCCGCCGUCGCAUCCUGCUCUCCUCCCUCCCGACGCCACGGCGCCACCGCCACCCCCCACGUCGGUCGCCGCGCUUCCUCCCCCUCCGCCGCCGCAGCCCGACAAGCGGCGCCGCGAGCCUCAGUGUCAGGAGCAGGAGCCCAACCAGCCGCAGUCGCCGAAGCCCCCCACCGCGGAGGAAACCGCCGCCGCUGCCGCGGCCGCCAAGGAGCGGAAGGAGGAGCAGCGGCGGAAGCAGCGCGACGAGGAGGGCCUCCACCUGCUGACGCUGCUGCUCCAGUGCGCGGAGUCGGUGAACGCGGACAACCUCGACGAGGCGCACCGCGCGCUGCUGGAGAUCGCGGAGCUUGCCACGCCGUUCGGCACAUCCACGCAGCGCGUCGCCGCCUACUUCGCGGAGGCCAUGUCGGCGCGGCUGGUGAGCUCGUGCCUGGGGCUGUACGCGCCGCUCCCCAACCCGUCCCCGGCGGCGGCGCGUCUCCACGGGCGCGUCGCCGCGGCGUUCCAGGUGUUCAACGGCAUCAGCCCGUUCGUGAAGUUCUCGCACUUCACGGCGAACCAGGCGAUCCAGGAGGCGUUCGAGAGGGAGGAGAGGGUGCACAUCAUCGACCUGGACAUCAUGCAGGGGCUCCAAUGGCCGGGGCUGUUCCACAUCCUGGCGUCGAGGCCGGGGGGGCCGCCGAGGGUGAGGCUGACCGGGCUGGGGGCGUCCAUGGAGGCGCUGGAGGCGACGGGGAAGAGGCUAUCGGACUUCGCGGACACGCUGGGAUUGCCAUUCGAGUUCUGCCCGGUGGCUGACAAGGCCGGGAAUCUUGACCCGGAGAAGCUAGGCGUCACGCGCCGCGAGGCCGUCGCCGUCCACUGGCUGCGCCACUCCCUCUACGAUGUCACCGGCUCCGACUCCAACACGCUCUGGCUCAUCCAGAGGUUGGCGCCAAAGGUUGUAACAAUGGUGGAGCAGGAUCUGAGCCACUCAGGCUCCUUCCUGGCACGUUUUGUGGAGGCCAUCCACUACUAUUCGGCACUGUUCGACUCGCUUGAUGCGAGUUACAGCGAGGAUAGCCCGGAGCGGCAUGUCGUGGAGCAACAACUCUUGUCACGGGAGAUCCGCAAUGUGCUAGCCGUGGGCGGUCCAGCACGCACCGGCGAUGUUAAGUUUGGGAGCUGGCGCGAGAAGCUUGCGCAGUCGGGCUUCCGUGUGUCGUCGCUUGCUGGAAGUGCCGCUGCUCAGGCCGUGCUGCUGCUUGGGAUGUUCCCUUCCGAUGGGUACACGCUCAUUGAGGAGAAUGGCGCCCUGAAGCUUGGAUGGAAGGAUCUGUGCCUUCUCACUGCCUCUGCUUGGCGCCCAAUUCAGGCUUCGGGACGUUAGUACUGAGGGGGAAUUUAUAGAGCUGAAGUAUCACUUGAUCUUACUUAGGUGCAAUUACCUAGUCCUUUUGCUUCUUUUAGCUGCUCAAUUUGGUCAAUUCUGAGAAAAGAAAAAUAAAAAAAAUUCUGAUCACUAAUUGCCAGAUCUCCACACGGUGGUAGUUACUGAUGUGCAGCUUAGCUUUAGCUUUUAUUCUGUUCAUGCUCCAGUUAACCAUUCUGUCCAGUUUAGUUUAUUUUGCAAUUUUGUAGUGCUUAAUCCUUGCUGACAUUGUUUUGGGGGAACACGCAAAAGGAUCCUUACUGACAUUAGAGAUGCA